AUGGGACAGAUUCGUAGGGUGAGUGAAAGAUGUUACAGGUAUUUGGAGAAAGCCGGUUUUUCAUUCUGGUCACGAGCACUAUUCGUGGGAGACCGAUACAACAUUAUGACAAACAACAACGCGGAAUCAUUGAACUCGAUGCUGAGACAUGCUCGUUCAUUGCCAAUCACGUGUUUGGUCGAGCACAUUCGUAAAACAAUGCAGAGGUGGUUUUACGAACGUCGAAGCAAUGCAACCGCAUGUAGUACUAUAUUAUCGUUGAGGAUGGAAAACGAGUUACAAACAACAUUUGAAGCUGGUACUAGGCUUCGAGCCCAUCAGUUGACAAACAGCUUGACCCAGGUUGGAAUAUCCAACGAUACGGAGAUAGUGGACUUCUCCGAUAACACGUGCACAUGUCGUGAGUUUCAACUAAAUCGUAUGCCAUGUGCUCAUGCAACUCGUGGGGCUACCCUGAGUGGUAAGUCAUUAUACGAUCUAUGCUCUCCGUACUAUACAUCGGAAUACUGGAGGGGUGCCUAUAUGGAAGUCAUAUAUCCCGUUACACGGGAACUGGAUUGGGUUGUUCCAAAUGAAAUCCUAGGCACUCAUAUUUUACCACCGACCGUACGUCGUCCUCCAGUUGGGAACAACAGCGGCUUGAAAACCUACAUUACUGCGGUUGCCUAUUAUGGAGAUGCAGUUUCUGCACGUAUCCAGAGAAUGUGA